AAAGACUCCCAUUUACCUAUAAAAGGGAAUGCAACCUUUCCUUUCUUGAACACAUUUACCUACUGAGCAACUCUCUCUGCAGUCUUCUCCUUUCUCUUUACCGUGCAGGUUCUACUUUCUCUACUUGGCUGGCUUUUAGUUCGACCCUAACUCAACCCAAAGCUCCUCAACGGUCCCAGAGCUAGCUAGAGGAUGGCUAGAGAGAAGAUCAAGAUCAAGAAGAUUGACAACAUCACAGCCAGGCAAGUGACCUUCUCUAAGAGGAGACGAGGGCUUUUCAAGAAAGCUGAAGAGCUUUCUGUUCUUUGCGAUGCUGAGGUUGCUCUCAUCAUUUUCUCUGCUACUGGCAAGCUCUUUGAGUAUUGCAGCUCCAGCAUGAAGGACAUAAUUGCAAGGUAUAAUCUGCAUUCCAAUAACCUCGACAAACUGGACCGACCAUCACUUGAAUUGGAGUUAGAGAAUAAUAAUCGCGCCCGGUUGACCAAAGAAGUUGCUGAAAAGACCUAUCAACUAAGGCAGAUGAGGGGAGAGAAUCUGCAAGGAUUAAACCUAGAGGAAUUGCAGCAAUUGGAAAAACUGCUUGAAGCUGGACUUACGCGUGUGCUUGAAACUAAGGGAGAUAAGAUAAUGAAUGAGAUCUCUAUGCUUGAAAAGAAGGGAGCUCAACUACUAGAAGAGAAUAAACGGCUAAAACAGAAGAUGACGACUUUCUGGUGCAAAGGGAAAAGGCCAGUGCAUUUGGAGUCGGAUGUCGCUGUCCAACAGGAAGAAGGCAUGUCAUCGGAAUCUGUCACUAACAUCUGCAGCUGCAGCAGUGGCCCUCCUCUUGGGGAUGAUAGCUCCGAUACAUCUCUCAAACUAGGGCUGCCCUUUUGAAGAUGGUGGGAAGAUAAAGUGAAUUAUCACAAGGAAUAAAGCCAGGUCCUUAUCAUUUGAAGAUAGGCUUCAAAAACUGCAGAUAUAUUUAUGUAUGUUCAUAUAUAUAUAUACGCACACACUCUGUGGUAGAUGUGAAAAAACUUGGAUUCACUUUGCUUUCUUUUGAUUAUGGGUUGCCUCCUCCUGUAUUGGUUGUGUUUUGUGUAGUCUAAUUGCAGUCAAGACUUUCAAUUU